AUGGGUGUGGAAAGACGGAGGCUGGCGGCUGUAAAACCAGGGGAGAGUUCUGCAAGGGACAAGGAACCAGAAGACAAAAGGAAGAAGGAGGAGAAGGAGAAGAGGAAGGCGGAGAAGAAGGAGGAGAGGCUGAAACAGGUGGAGGAAGAGGAAAAUAGCCAUGGGGAGACCAUCAAGGAAGAGCCUGAAGAUAUAGAAACCAGCUUGUCCCCUAAAGAGAACCACACUGCUUGUCAGGACAACGAGGGCCAGAAAGAGGACAAAUCCAAUGGGGUCCACCAUGACGACCAUAGCGAUCCUCCACAGUCUCCUUGCCCCGAGGAAGAGUCGAGAGCAUCCAAAAAGAAAAAGAAGGGGGAAGCUGAAGAGGAGGAGAACGAGGUGAGCCCUGAGGGAGACGGAGAGCAGAAUGAGACUGAAGCCGCUGUAUCUCCCAUUUCUGAGGGAAAGAAGAAAGAGCGUGACGUGAAGAAUAAGAAGGGGAAAGGGAAGAAAGAGAACAAGAAGAAGAAGAAGAAGAAGAAGAGAGGGGAUAAAGACCAGAGCUGCCCGGAACGUGGCUCUGAGGACGAUAGUGAGGAGGACAGACCAGGGAGACACUCUGAAUCCUCAGCCCAGCACAGAGCCUCAGUCUGGGAUAACAGACAGAAACAUACCAGCCAUCACAGCAGUGAAGCCUCCAUUGGACAAACCAACAAUAUCCAGCGGAUGAGACGGGUCCCCCUCAACGAGAACCAGCCUCCCCCGUAUCAGGACGAGGAUAGACCGGUCCGGGUGUCUCUCUCGCGGUCGGAGGUAGGGGGUCUGGGGGAGUCGAACCCUGACGGCAAUGGUACACGGCGAUCCAGCAAGGCCAGCGUUGACCAGGACACUGCGAGUUACCUCAACAAGGGCUAUGAUGAGGAUGUACCUAGUGACAGCACUGCCGUCCUGGGACCAGAGGAUGGUUCACCCUCCCAGCUCCCCGGUGGCUAUGAGCCCGAGCCACUGGCUAAGUACGGCACGCUGGACGUGGCCUUCGAGUAUGACUCGGGCAAGCAACACCUCGCCGUCACUGUCACUGCGGCAACCGACAUCCCCGUGCUCAAACAGACAGGCAACAUCGCGUGGCAGGUACACCUGGUUUUACUGCCCACUAAGAAGCAGCGGGCCAAGACGGAGGUGCAGAGGGGGCCGUGCCCAGUGUUCACAGAGACCUUCCGCUUCUCCCGGGUGGAGCAGGAGGCACUGGCGGACCACGCCGUCCGGUUCCGCCUCUACAGCGUCAGGAGGAUGAAGAAGGAGAAGGUGUUGGGCGAGAAGGUUUUCUAUUUGACUAAACUCAACCUGCAGGGCAAGAUGGCGCUGCCCGUUACACUGGAGCCUGGCACUGCACUAAUGGGCUGUGGGUCGUUGGUGAGUGUGUCCCGUAGUGCAGGGGCUCUAUCCUACCGUUCCACCAGGGACUCCUCCCCAGAGAUUCUACUGGGCCUCAUCUACAACGCCACCACUGGUAGGCUUUCUGCAGAGGUCAUCCAGGGCAGCCACUUCAAAAACACAGCCUCAGACAAACCUCCCAGUGGUCUGUUCUGUUGUAUGAAACGGUUCAUCGGGGGACAACUUUACAUCAUGAGAGACACCUAUGUGAAGCUGACCAUGCUCGACUCCAAGGGCAAGGAGAUGUCCAAGUGCAAGACGUCAGUUUGCCGCGGCCAGCCCAACCCCACUUACAAGGAGACCUUUGUCUUCCAGGUGGCCCUCUUCCAGCUGUCCGAGGUCUCCCUGGUGGUGUCCGUGUACAGCCGGAGGAGCAGCAUGAAGGCCAGGGAGAGGGUGGGCUGGGUGUCCCUGGGGCUCAACAGCACCGGAGAGGAGCAGCAGGCCCACUGGAGCCAGAUGAAGGAGGCCGGGGGACAGCAGGUGUGCAACUGGCACGCGCUCUUGGAAUCUUGAACAGGUCUUUAAUGAGAAUCACAAGAUUUCAUCUCGGUGACACCAGGAGGAGAAAUACAGAGCCAGAGGAAGAUUAUAGGGUAUCUUGAUCUCGGUGUUGAAAGGGGAUUGGUUCCUUGACCUUCCGUCAGAGAUGCAGACGAGGAACCAUCUAUCAAUGCUAUGCAUAUGAACCUGGAAUGGGAUGUGUGUGAGGGUGCAGCGCUAUGAGAGGCACGUGGAUUCCACAUGGAGUCGCUAUUCAUUAAGUGCUGCUUUAAAUACCCUUUAAUAUGUAAAAGAGCCACUUGACCUGAGAAAGACUGACUGGUUCUAAGCAGUGACUUCCCGCUCCUGUCAUGGUCAAUGGGGACUGUCAGACUGAUCUUUUAAUACAACAGCUGAUAGACCUCAGUUAUGAACUGGUCCUGGAAUGGACGAAACUGCUACUGAAAUGAACACAGCGGGUCCUGAUCCAGUCUCUGAUUGAUGCCAAUUUUGUGUAAUUCAUUUCCCAUAUUCUGGUCCAUAAUAAUAUGUUUUGCAUGUAAUUGUUUACAGAAGAUGAUCCAAAUACGACCAUACAUAUCUCGUACGAUGGACCAUUUUCAUCCUGAAGAGUGUGUGGAAGAACAACGACCAAAACAAGCCAGCCCCCUCACAUUCUUCUGGAGUUGUACUGGCCAUAGAAAUAGAAUUACAAGAAGGGGAAAAGCCCCUCAGACCACUGCAAUUUAAAUGAUACAAUCAUGGAUUCACUCAAUAUGGCCGAAAUGUUAAUUCUAUUUCUAAUGGUACUGACUUCUAAUAACACCAGCAUCAGUCAUUUCUCAACUGACGCUCACAGCCAUUGGUGACUGUUAAAGCCAGCUGGGCCUGUAACAACUAUGCUAACGAGCUAUGCUUAUUUUUUACACUUUGUGACAUUAUGCAACAUACAUUUGACUGAUUUGUCAUUUUUAUUUUGGGGGUUUCUUUCGACAGCCAUUUCAUCUCCCGUUGUAAUAGCGUGUAUUAUCUUGUGUGCGUGCAUGUGUUCAAGACCACAAAAUACAAAGUACAUCUUCAGAAUCACAUUUAGCAUCAUUUGAGAAUUUUUGUGGCUCACUGAAUCAGACAACUCUGUAACCAACACCAUCCUUAUAAAAGACCCAUCACCUUUCGUGUAUUACAUAUUCGAAGCUACAGUGCCUUCAGAAAGUUCACACCCCUCGACUUGUUCCACAUUUUGUUGUUAAAGCCUGAAUAUUAAAUUGAUUUUUUUGUCACUGGCCUACACACAAUACCCCAUAAUGUCAGUGGAAUUUGUAAAAAAAAAAAAAAAAAAAAAUGACUGAAAUAUCUUGAGUCAAUAAGUAUUCAAUCCCUUUAUGGCAAGCCUAAAAAUGUUCAGGAGUAAAUUUGUGCUUAACAAGUCACAUAAUAAGUUGCAUGUACUCACUCUGUGUGCAAUAAUAGUGUAACAUAUUUUUUGAAUGACUACCUCAUCUCUGUACCCCACACAUACAUAUAAUUGUAAGGUCCCUUGCAAAGAAGGGCACCUUUUGGUAGAUGGGUAAAAAAAUAAAAAAAUAAUUGAAUAUCCCUCUGAUCAUGGGUAGCCUAGUGAUUAGAGCGUUGGACUAGUAACCGGAAGUUUGCAAGUUCAAACCCCCGAGCUGACAAGGUACAAAUCUCUCGUUCUGCCCCUGAACAGGCAGUUAACCCACUGUUCCUAGGCCGUCAUUGAAAAUAAGAAUUUGUUCUUAACUGACUUGCCUAGUUAAAUAAAGGUAAAAUAAAAAAUAUAAAAAAUUAAAUGGUGAAGUUAUGAAUUACACUUUGGAUGGUGUAUCAAUACACCCAGUCACUAAAGAUACAGGCGUCCUUCCUAAUUCAGUUGCCUGAGAGGAAGGAAACAGCGCAGGGAUUUCACAAUGAGGCCAAUGGUGACUUUAAAACAGUUACAGAGUUGAAUGGCUGUGAUAGGAGAAAUCUGAGGAUGGAUCAACAACAUUGUAGUUACUCCAUAAUACUAACUUAAAUGACAGAGUGAAAAGAAGAAAGCCUGUACAUAUUACAAAUAUUCAAAAACAUGCAUCCUGUUUGCAACAAGGCACUAAAGUAAUACUGCAAAAAAAAAUCCAAAGCAAUUACCUUUUUGUCCUGAAUACAAAGCGUUAGGUUUGGGGAAAAUCACUUUACUGAGUACCACUCUCCAUAUUUUCAAGCUCAAUGGUGGCCGCAUCAUGUUAUGGUUAUGCUUGUAAUCAAUAAGGACCGGGGAGG